AUGCCACCAAAACGUAGCAAGAAACCUCCUCAGAAGCACGAAGAAGACAGCCUAAGUGAAGAUGUUGAUGACGAUACAGAGGAGGCCAUUGCAACAAGCGCCCCUCAGAAACGACCGAGGCCUGAUACAUCAUUGCAGUGGAUAGAUAAGUAUGAACCAACCAGAGUGGAAGAUCUAUGCCUCAAUCCCAGAAAGCUUCGUGAAGUUAGUGAUGUUCUUGAAUCAAUGAUUGCAGGAAAGCUGGGUUGCAGGCUUUUGGUGCUUUCUGGUCCAGCAGGGAGCUCCAAAUCUACGAGUGUCAAGCUACUUGCGAAGAAACACCUCCAAGAACGAAGUGCUAGAACGGGUGGCUCUAUGAGCACUUCAGCCAACAGCAUAGUCGAGUACUUUGACUCGAAAAUAGAGGACACUUACCAGAAAGACCAAUUUCGUGACUUUAUGGAUGGGUGCAAAUUCUUGGUGGGCAACAAUCUCUCAGUGAUACUUAUUGAAGAUUUGCCCAAUAUCUUCUACAACGAGACUCUUUACGAGUUUCGAGACUGUCUAAGGAAUUGGGUGUUCUCUGAUGCAAAUUUGCAUCUUCCCCCAGUGGUUCUCUGCCUUCUGGAGAUUGAGAGAAACCAAAGUGGAGAACCAGGCCAGAAAGCAUACUACAAUAUCGAGAACAAUUUGACUGUUGAAACCCUUCUAGGGAGAGACUUCUUUAAUUUAGGAGCUGCCCAAGGGACCAUCAAACGAAUUAAGUUUCUACCGAUAGCUAAGACAUUCAUGAAGAAGACAUUGAACAAGAUAAUCUCAAAGGAGCUGCAGGUGUUUGGUAGUGCCAAAAAGAAAGAUUUGGAUGAGUUUUUAAAUGGAAUUAUAGAAACGGGAGACAUUCGGUCCCUGAUAUGCAAUCUCCAGUUCUGGAGCAUGUAUGGCCUUCAUAGCCCUAGCGAUAGAGAGAAUCAGAUCUCCCUUUUCCAUGCUGUGGGCAAAGUGAUACAUUCAAGUUCCAAAUUUGCUGGUCUAGAUGAGCAGCAAUCAGAUGCAUUAUCGAUUAAAAUGGUGGCCGAUGCUUACAGUAACUUCAGCCUUCUCCAUUUGACUCUACUCGAGAAUUACCAAAUCGUGAAUGGUGCAGAUUACGAUGUGAAUAUAGCAGCUCAGGUCGUAGAUUCAUUGAGUAUAAAUGACACGCUUGAGGGAGUCGAAGAAAGUCAGGAGUACGGAAUCAUGGCAACUCGAGCCAGCCUACGGCAAGUACCCGUAAAGUCAGGUCGAACGCAACCUAUGAAGUUCUCCAGACACUUCAAGACUAUCAGGGAAUCUAAUAAAGUGAGACGAGAGGUUUCUGAUUAUGUCAGGUACGUCAGUCGACUUCGACUUCUGUUUCAAGAAGCCAAUCUUGUCGAUGGUUGCCUUCUUCCCAGAAUCUAUAACCUGUUCCGUUACAGGCUCCUCAAUGGCCGCACACGAUACAACUAUAAUCGCCUUGGUGGUACUUUUGCGCAGAUAUUUGCUGACGAGGAGCUACCGGUCAUGGAGGACGAAAGUGAGUUUGUUUCUGGAGCUGAAGAUCAGUUCAAAGCAGAUAUCAGGCAGAAAAUAAAGGAAGAGAAUGAAGGUGACGAGGGUUCAGACGAUGAAGUGAUGAGUGAUGCAGUUGAUGAUUCUACAGGUGAGACAGAUGAUGACUUGAACGAUACAUUUGACGAUGGUAAUUUCGAUAACUUACUUAGCAGCAUGCGGACGCAGACAACGACCAAACCCAAAGAAACCAAAAACAAAGAACUAGAAGACAUACUGGAUGACCCGGAGCUUGAUUUACUUGUCUCCCAGGGUAUGCUAUGA